AUGCUUUAAGAAUUAAGAAUGUACCAAUAUUAUGAUCAAAGAAACUUUUUUAUUAGAUUAAUAAGGUAGAAAAUGUUUCUGGUAUCAAAUUAAUGUAAAUUGAAAACAUGUAGCAAUGCUCCAAAUGUUCAUAAUAUACCUGAAUAAUGUUAAACUUAUUCUAAAUUAUAUUCGAUAAAGCAGGCUCUAGAUGGAUGUAUUGAUAUAACUUGUGGAGUGAUAUUCUAGAAAGAGAAAUGCUAAGUAGAUUCAUUAGGUAAUAAUUAUAAUUCGAGUAGAUUUUGUUUUGAUAAGAUUUGUGAAAAUGCUUGAGGGAAUAAUUAUUUUUUUAAUGAUGCUUAAUGUAAAGCAUACUUAAGUAAAUAUACAGUUAAGAAAUGUAUGAAUAGGCCAAAUGUGUAGUGAAAUUAAGAUUCAACAAUAAUGUGUUACCAACUCUUAUAAUAUUGAUUGCGAAUAGUAUAUGUAGAAAGAAAGAAUGUUAUAUAACUUAGAGUUUAAUAAAACAUAUGAGGAUUGUAAUACAUAUUUAAAUAAUUGUACUACAAUUGGGUAUGGUUGUUCACUAUUAAUUACUUGUAAUCUUUAUUAAAAUUCAAAUAGUUGUAGAUAUGAUAUUAAUAACAAUAUUUGUUAAUGAAAUAAUGGAGUAUGUGCCAAUAAGAAAAUACUGA